GUCGCUGCUGCUGUCGGGCCAGUGGGGGUUUUAAUGGCAAAAGUUCUGCGCUGAGUGUGGUCGGGGAGCGCGCGCCUCGUCGCCAGCAGGGACUAUUGUCAAAUAAUGGACACCUGAUGUCUAAACGACUGUCUGUGAUAAGGAAGGACCCAUGAAGAUCUAUGUUUAGUUUUCUUCCACAUGGGACUUCCCUCAUGCCGACAUGGUAACUACAGGGUGGCUCUCACCAACAGGUGAACAGGGACAGCUGCUCCAAAGAGAUGCUACAGGCCUUCUGCCGAAUUCGCCUUGUGGGCUAGAAGGAACAGCCUGAUAGGGGCCCAUUUCCAGACAGACGUGGAUGAUGCCAGAGCUAUGACAGGGGCUGCAGUCUUGGCACUGAAGGGUGGUGAACAGUUAUGGAACAGCCAAAGGAGGAAGUACCUGAGGUCAGGGAAGAGGAGGAGGAAGAGGAAGAGGCAGUGACGACAGUAGGUGGAACCUCAGACCCAAAUGAAGGACCAGAUAAUUCAACACCUUCUAUCAGCUACACAGAUCUUUCCCAGAGUUCUUCACCUUCUUUAUCAGAUCAACUCCAGAUGGGCUGUGAUGAGGCAACCUCAGGAAGUCUGAAUGUAGAAUGCAGGGUCUGUGGUGACAAGGCAUCAGGGUUCCACUACGGAGUGCAUGCAUGUGAGGGUUGCAAGGGCUUCUUUCGUCGAACAAUCCGUAUGAAGCUGGAGUAUGAGAAAUGUGAGCGGAACUGUAAGAUCCAGAAAAAGAACCGAAACAAGUGCCAGUACUGCCGCUUUCAGAAAUGCCUCUCCCUGGGCAUGUCACACAAUGCCAUUCGUUUCGGCCGCAUGCCAGAAGCUGAGAAAAGGAAGCUAGUGGCAGGACUGACAGCGACUGAGAUCAACUGCCAGAACCAGCAGGUGGCUGACCUGAAAGUCUUUUCCAAGCACAUCUACAAUGCCUACCUGAAAAAUUUUAACAUGACCAAAAAGAAAGCACGAGGUAUUUUGACUGGGAAAGCCAGCAGCACCCCGCCUUUUGUGAUUCAUGACAUGGAUACCCUGUGGCAAGCAGAAAAGGGUCUGGUAUGGAAACAGCUGGUGAAUGGGAUACCACCAUACAAGGAGAUUGGUGUCCAUGUUUUUUAUCGCUGUCAGUGCACAACAGUGGAGACUGUGCGGGAGCUCACAGAAUUUGCCAAGAGCAUCCCUAGCUUCAUCAGCCUUUAUCUUAAUGACCAAGUGACUCUGCUGAAAUACGGGGUGCAUGAGGCCAUCUUUGCCAUGCUUGCCUCCAUCAUGAAUAAGGAUGGACUCCUGGUGGCCAAUGGGAAUGGCUUUGUGACACGUGAGUUCCUGCGCAGCUUGCGCAAGCCCUUCAGUGAAAUCAUGGAGCCCAAAUUUGAAUUUGCUGUGAAGUUCAAUGCUCUGGAGCUGGAUGACAGUGACUUGUCUCUGUUUGUAGCUGCCAUCAUCCUGUGUGGAGACCGUCCUGGCCUGAUGAACGUUAAACAGGUAGAGGAGAUUCAAGAUAAUAUCCUCCAGGCCCUUGAGUUCCACCUGCAGGCCAACCACCCAGAUACUCAAUACCUCUUCCCUAAGCUGUUGCAGAAAAUGGCUGACUUGCGACAGUUAGUGACUGAGCAUGCACAGCUGGUGCAGAAGAUAAAAAAGACAGAGACGGAGACUUCUCUGCACCCACUCCUGCAGGAAAUUUACAAGGACAUGUACUGAGGAGUCUGUAUUUAUGAGAUAGGUUAAAGCCAUGGAAUCCAGCAAAAUGCUUUGUACAUUGCAAAGAAAUCCCCGUGUCUUCCAUUCCUUCUACUGGAAUUGCUUUUCUAUAUGAUUGAGUACUGUACAUACAGCAAAAGACUUGGUAUCUACCAUGUGGUGGUAGGUCAGGGCUUCCGUUAACAUACACUAAGCAAAACUUAAAGGCACAUCAUAAGCUAAAUCUCUGUUGCUUCAGAUCAGCUGUUAUACCGUUCCAGAGCAGCUGAUGUGUUUACACACACCUUGCAAAUAAUGCUUGAAGCAUGGGUUGGAUUGUUCUAUUGGACAACAUAGAUUGUGUCCAAACCAUUAAAGCAAGCAAUAGCAUGUCUAGCAGGUACAGGAACAGCACUUGCAUCAUAUAUCCGUUGUAUAUUAUUUUUAUAUUGCACUCUGAACUUUAGCUUGGCCCUAAGUCAUAUAUUCUCGGUUGUUACAAAGAAAGGGCGUGUAUGUGUAUAAAUUUCCCAAAGAAACCUCCAAGUGUUUGAUGAAGGGUACGAACACUCCUUGUGAAGGCUCUUUGAGGGGAAAGGCCUUUGCUCUUCUCCUCGGUGCACAAAAAUGGAUACGCCUUCUGCAUGAAAGGCCAUACCUCCUGUCCUCCAUAUUGGUCUCUUUUUUCUUUGGGGUGCUCUUUGAUGCCAUUUGUUGAAGCUCUCUGUGGAUGCUUGCUAAGUUACUGCAAGGAGAUGUGCUUUUUUACCCCAUUCCUUGCACCACUACAGUGAUUGCCAAAUAAUGGAGUUGGGCCUGAAAGAGGAUGGGGGUGGGAAUUUGCUCUCAGAUGGCAGCUGCCAAAAGUCAAUUUGCUUCCUUCCUCUGAGCUAUGGUAAGUUUGACACUUUCUGGAGUUUAGAAAAAAGCACCCUUCUCUGAGGGGAUAUGUGGAUUCUGCUCUCAAAAGUGCAGCACAGACAAUUGCGAGAUGAGGGUGUUUCAAGGAUGUUAGUGAAGACAGUGACGACUGCUUUUGUUGUUUGAUGCUUUUCCCCCUCCCCUUUCUUGGUCUUCACCAAGCUGCCCAAGAGAUCUGAAGGAGGCCUCCUGAUACGUGAACUGCAAUUGUGCCUUUGCCACAAGCCCAUUCACACACUGUGCUGGUUUUGCCCAUUGUUUUGCCUACCUUCAUAAUAAAAGUGUUAGCAAGAACCACUGAAUAAGUAAAUGGCAUUUCAACAUCUCACCCAUCAACAUUUCCUCCCCAGAGAGUCACAACAAUUUAUUGUAUAUUUCCCAGAAGCUAAGAUCAGACUAAAACAUUCUUAGCUCCUUUACCUUCCUGGGUUGGCCCUGGGUUCAGUCCUUAGGGAUCUCACCUAACACCAUUUGCUAUUGUAAAUUCACAUUGAGCAUAGGUCUUUUUUGCCAGUUAGUGCAGAAGGAUUUCCAGUUGCAGGGAGGUCAUUGUUAUAUGCAUGUGUGGACCACCUGGGGCCGUUCUGCCUAGUCAUGGUUGAUGCAUUGUGUGAGUUGUCUGGCUUCCAUCUGUGACUUACAAUACAUCCCCAGCAUCAUGCUAAUCUAAUUACAUCAUAUUACAUUAGCAUGAUGCUAGAGAGUGACCUAAGGGCUUUGUGGUUUUAAUUCUGGUACUUCUUUAUUUUAUUUUAUUUUUACUUUUUUGCAAUGUGGCCUUAGGCAAAUUUGGGUGUGUCUGUACCUUUUAAAAUAGUUUGCAUACUUUCGAGGAGUUGGGAUGGGGAAACUACUGUCAAAAGAACAUGAAGUAGCUAACAAUGUAAUACCUAUAGAAGUAUAAAGUGACAGACUUCCAGGUGGUGCAAAAAUCGUUUGAGCUCACCAUUUCAGCUCAGAUGAUGUAGUUUUUCUGCCUGUUUUUCUAGAGCUUCCAGACAGCAGCAUUCUGUCUUCAUGGCUACAUUUUGGUGCAGAGAACUCUAAAGAGCUUUCAGUAUCUUACUUCAUGACAUUAGCAGGUCGGAAUAUUUAAACAUUUUCUCCCUUAAAGUACAACUAAUAUCUCUGAGAAAGGAGCAUAGCUCAUACAUCUUUAAUUUGGAUUUUCAUUGGCCUUAUGAGGAGAAGGUAAAUAAUAGUUGUAGUACCAGUUUUUCCCUCGGAGGCCGUAGCUCUUGACUCAUGCUCCUAUCCAUGAAAUACACCAUCUGCAAGAACAUCCUGUGUAGCUUUCUGUGCCUAGAUGACCUGAGAAAGUGGGCCACAUGCCUCUGAGAUCAGCUGUUUUUCAGAAAGUACCAGAGUCUUUCACCUCCACAGGCCCAUUGCUCUUACAGCACAAUCCUACACAUCGGGCUUAUAUUUAACAACUCACCUGGUAGCCAUUGGCUGCCAGAAAUUCCAUGCAGAAUACGUGAGUGGGCUGGCAAAGGGGGAACAGAUUGCUCCCAUUUUUCCACCAGCCCACUUCAUGUCUCUGCUGACUCUAAGGCCUUUGCUAGACCUACCUUAAAAUCCGCGCUGGACGAGGGGAGAGCCCGCGAUGCAACUAUCGCAGGAUCUCUCCCUCGUAUACACGCAAGGCGUGACGAGCUCACAAAGAGAGCCAUCACGCCCACCAUUUUUUUCUUUUCUUAAAGGGGCCGGAUGCAAGUAAGUUGUGGGUUUUUUAUUUAAAAAAUCAUUCUUCCCGCUCCCCCCACCCUACCCCCAAUGGGUGCAGCGCUCCUGGGGAGCGCUGCGCCCAUCCUUAGCUUCUCCCAGCUACGCGCAAGUAAUUGUGCAGAGCCAGGAAAAGCGGUGGAAUGGGCUACACACUUGUGGUCUCGGGCUCAGCCUGAGACCAUGGGAAAAAUCGGGCUAGAAGGGGUAGGCUAUAUCCCGGGGCCAGGGAGGGUUGAUCCCUCCCUGAGCUUGGGAUCCCCUGUGCGUCAUCUGGACGCACAGGGGCGAUCCCGGGUAUCAGCCUGGGAUAUAGCCUGGUCUAGCAAUGGCCUAAGACUCUUCUGUGCCAGAGGGCCAUUUUUAAAAUUAGCUUGCUGAAAGGCUAGCAGCCUGCUUUUCAAUACUAGCCGUGGAGGAGGGAACCUCCCUUUUGCAGCCAACACAGAAAUGCAGACAGACAAGUAACCCACCCACCCCAGCCCAAUACUUUUGCAGGCUAAAAACCAAGUUCAGUGAGGAUAUGAUUGCAGCCACAGUGUUCAUGUAUCAUCUCUAAGCUCCUCUUUUGAAUCUAUCAGAUAAUACUUGGUCGUUUUGAUGCAAGAUUGCCUUUCUAGUAGUGUGGAUACAUAACAGCAAAUGCAAGACCUGUUUGUGUAGCUGCUUGUUGGGUCACAACUAGGAACUGGUAAGGGAAGAACCCCAUCAUCUGCUGAUUACCUUACAACAGUGAUCUUCAACUGGUCAAGAACUAGGUUCCACCUGUAACCCGAGCCUACAACAUGCAACUUCCUUCCAAGAGCCCAUGCACCUAGGGCAUGGAGUCCAGUGGGAAAGGGGUGGAGCCCAUCCCUUCCACGCAACAAAAGGGCUGUGGCAGCACUGCUGUGAGCUGCCCCUGGGUCCCGACUCACCUGUUAAAGACUGUGCUACAGUAUUGCAAUGCUGGACUUGUCUUCCUUUAGGCAAAUUGGUAAGAAUAAAUUCUUGAAAAUACAGUGCUAAGAUCUUACAAGUGCUCUCAUCUGAGCCAUAUUUCAUCUUAUGUGUCUCAAUACAAUACAAAGGCCUAUUGUGUUUUAUUUUAUUUUAUUUAUUACAUUUUUGUACUGCCCAAUAGCCGAAGCUCUCUUGGAAUCAAGCUGUUUCUCCCUGCCACAGGAUCUGUGUUGUUCUGGAGUCACUGUUGGCAGGGAAUUUGGCAAAUGGUUUUCCUACCAUUUCCAAUCUCGAGGACCAGCAGUGCUUUAGCAGCAAAUCCCAUUACAUGCCGCUUUUUGUCUUCACUCCCAAAUCCAUGUUUAUGGAAUCCUUUGUAGUCUUUGGCCACAGGAUAGUUCCACUCACUACCUAUACAUGAUAGCUACUAUGUGUAAUUGGUUGGAAUGUUGUUGUUGUUUCUUGUUAGUGCAGGGGAAGCAAGGUGCUUCAUCCAUGCAAUCUUCUUCCAGCCCUGCACUGAUGUAAUGGCUGGUACUUGACUUUGCUGUGCCUCUAUUUCCAGAUUGGAAUAACUGAGAUAUUCCCCCUCUACCUCUCAGGACUGGUGUGAGGCUGGUGGGAUCUGUCUUAGUAAAACGAUUUGGAGUAUUCAUGUAGCAGGAGCCAGAGAUGAGCAAAUCACUUAAAAUAAUGGUUUGAAGGUUUUAGCUUUGAGUACCUGCCUUGGACCUUCAUCUUCACACACUACCCUUGAAGAAUUCUUCGCCUGACACCCUGCUAUCCCUCAGGACAUUCUGGACAUUUCUAGCACUUGAGGAGUAUGCACUCUCUUUUUGUGCGUGUGGGAUGCAAUACUGUAGCAAUCCUCAAAAUGAAAUGUAUAUUUUUGCUAGAAGUUCAAGCUCCAAGUGUUUUUAAUAAUAUAAAUAGCGACUGACAACUUUAAAUAAAUUGGAAAUAAAUAUUUAAGAAACUAUUAAAA